AUGAGUGAUCGGGAAGAUAAUACCGACGACAUUCGCGGCUUAGCAUCUGACAUGGGCCAUCUCUGCAUGAACGAGCUCUACUCGGACGUGGUGUUCUUGGUGGAGGAUCAGCGGCUUUCGGCCCACCGUCUUGUUCUGGCGACGCGCAGUGAGUAUUUCCACGCAAUGCUCCACGGGGACAUGGCUGAGUCCAAGCAACGGGAAAUUCGACUGGAGGUGCCACUGGAGGCUUUCAAGAUAAUCCUCGAGUACCUUGACUCGGGCAAGUUACCCCUUUCCAUACUGGAUGUGGAUAAGAUAAUCGAUGUGCUCAAUCUGGCGCAUUUUUACGGCUUGGAGUACGUUGAAACGGCUAUAACCAAUCAUCUCCAGAAGAGUAUUGCCGUCAGCAACGUGUGCGUGAUCCUGAAUGCAGCGCGCCGAUACGAUCCGGACCAGCUGACCAAAGAAUGCCUCAAGUUUAUGGACAACAAUGUGGUCGAUCUACUUAAGCAAGACUCCAUUAAAAUGCUGUCCAAGGAGUCAUUUGAGGAAUUCUUGCGACGAGACAAUUUCUGGGUUCCUGAAGUGGAAAUCUUUCGGUCUGUAUGCAAAUGGAGGGACAACAAUCCGAGCGAGGACAUCCAGACGCUGUUAUCCCUCGUACGUCUCCCGCUGAUGAGUAUCCAUGAACUGCUGCAUGUGGUGCGUCCCUCUGGCAUAUUCACACCGGAUCAAUUACUGGACGCCAUUGAUCAAAUCAAUACCGGAAUCAAUAUGCCCCACCGAGUCGCCAUGUUAACGGGGGAAGAUGUGGCAUCCGAAAAGUUUCAUGCGCGCCGUAAUACAGACAACAAAUGUGAGCUAGUCGUCCAGCUGAGACAAGUUUACGCAAUCAACUAUAUUGAUGUAGAAAAUGGUUCAAACGGCUAUUAUUAUACCGUGGAGGUGUCAUGUGACCACAUCCACUGGGAUUCAGUAGGAAGGGUCGCAUUUGACCGCUACCGCUGCUCUAUAAAACCAAUCGAAUUUACGGCGCGUACCGUUCGCUACAUUCGGAUCAAAUUAAAUUUGGAUUGCAUUUCAAAUUUAAAUUUGAAGGCCAUGUACGUUGCAUAG